UUGGAUUGGGGGAAGAUCGGAAAGACUAGAGUGGGGGUUUUUUGUUGAUUGGGGAAGCGUGUCGAGGGAUCUCGCGAAGCAUUUUGCUGUGGAUUGCUGGAUUUGCGCUUUGCGCUUUGUGGCGAGCUAAGGGACGCUGGUGAUCGUGUUAACCCUAAAUCUCUUCUUCUCUCCGGGCGGGGCGGGGCGAGCGGUCGAUCCAUCCAUGCGUGUGCGCCGCGGCGAUGAUCGAGAGCGUGGUUGAGGGCGCAUUGGGCGUCGCCAAAGAGUCGAUCAAGACCUUCACGCAGGAGGCCUUCAACAUCACGAUCAAGCUCAUCAAUGGAUUCUCGGCAAUGCUUCUCGCGCUCAUUCCUGGGAAGACGGCAAUGCUCGAGGGUAUACAAGGAUGGGAGCUCCAACCGACCUUUCGUGCUGCUCGUAUGCCGCGAUGGAUGGAGAAUGGAGUUUCUUCCUUCAACGAAUUUAUUCACGAGUACGCGGCUGAUACCGACAGUGAGACUGAGUCCGAGUAUGAAUCUGGGUUGGACGACGAUAGUAUGCCACCGUCGCCAUCUUCACAAACUUCGCAUUUUUCGAGGUCGAGCAGUAUGUCGAGAAGGCAGGGGAGGUCCUCUCUCUUUCGGCGUUUCUUGCGUUUGAUAGCUUGGCCUAUACUGGUAUGGAGGCAGCAGCCAAGAGAGAGCAGCAGGAGGAGAUUUAUAUCUCACAGCCGGAGUGGAAGCUCCGGGAGCUUUACGAGCUUGUAUAGCCUGGCCAGCAAACGCUUCAACAGCAUGAGAGACUUUGUGAUGCUGCACCAAAGCUCGGAUAGUCGGAGAAGAGGUGUGAUCGAGGACUUACAGCUUUUGAUGGAGCUUUCCAUCGAGAGAUUUUUUGACGUGAUGCACAACAUUCUAUUCUACUUUAUCUCACCCAUUCAGACUAUGAAAACCUUAGCUCGGAAGAUUUUUUGCCAGCAAGAAGAAGCGCCUUCUCUCGAGCAGAAGAGUGUUCUGGGCGAUGCUGAUCCAGCUCCAACGUUUCGAGAAGCGAGGCCCAAACAGAGAUUAAACACCGAUGCUAGGACUUGUAAGGAUAUCAUUACUGACCUUGGUUACCCAUAUGAAUGUCUCCGAGUAACCACUGAGGACGGAUAUGUACUUUUAUUAGAAAGAAUUCCCAGACGGGAUUCGCAAAAAGUGGUGUAUUUGCAGCAUGGAAUGUUUGACUCGUCACUCGGAUGGGUCUCAAAUGGUGUUGUAGGCUCGCAGGCGUUCGCUGCGUACGACCAUGGGUACGAUGUAUUUCUCGGCAACUUUCGGGGGCUAGUGUCCAGAGAGCAUGUAAAUAAGCAUAUUUCUUCCGAGAGAUAUUGGAGAUACUCAGUGAACGAGCACGCCACGCAGGACGUCCCUGCCAUGAUAAACAGAUUACACGAGCUCAAGACGUCCGAGCUGCAGGAACUAUCCGAAUCCCCUUCGUCCACUACCGAGGAGGAGAUGCCUUACACGCUGUGCGGGAUCUCUCACAGCUUAGGCGGUGCGGCCAUGCUCAUGUACGUCGUCACAGCUCGCCUCGAAGGCCGGCCGCAUCGACUCUCGAGGCUCAUCCUUCUCUCGCCGGCUGGAUUCCACGAGGACUCCCCCUGGCUUUUCUACAUCUUGCAGUACCUCAUUCCUCUGCUGGGUCCGGUGCUGCGGCCUCUCGUCCCUGGUAUCUACAUUCCAACGAAGUUCUUGCGGAUGGUUCUCAACAAGCUCGCCCGCGACUUUCAAAACUAUCCAGCUCUCGGCGGCCUCGUCCAGCUCCUCUGCGGCUCCGUCGUGGGUGGCGACAGCUCCAACUGGGUCGGAGCGCUGGGACAGACGCACUACAACAUGGACGACAUGCCCGGGGUGGCGUACAUGGUGGCGGAGCACAUGACACAGAUGCUGCGCGCCAAGAGGUUCAUCAUGUACGACUUUGGCAGCGUCGCGGCCAACACGGAGGCGUAUGGGACGCCGGAGCCGCUGGACGUGGCGGCCUUCUACGACGUGAUCGACAUCCCGGUGGACUUCGUGGCCGGGAAGAAGGACCGGCUCAUCCCGAGGAGCAUGGUGAGGAAGCACUACGAGACGCUCAAGGCCGCGGGGGGGCAGGCCUCGUACCAGGAGUACGAGUACGCGCACCUCGACUUUACGUUCGCGCACAGGGAGGAGCUGCUGGCUUACGUAAUGUCGCGGCUCCUGCUGGUAACUCCUCCGGAGAGGAAGCCAAAGGAGACGAGCAGGAGUAGCAGCGGCAAGAGAUCGAGCGCUCGCAGCAAGUCGAUGAGGAAGCUCAGCUCUGGAAGAUCGUCGCAGAAGAAGCAGCUCAAGGUCUCGGCGGAUGGAGAGGUGGUGACCAAGGAGAACGUCUCGGACAGGGAGCAGCGUCUCAACGGGCCGGGGCUGUUCAAGAUUUCUUCGCUGGGCGACCACGAUGGAUUCGAGCAGGAGGCGGUAGAGCAGCAGUCGAGAGGCCAGGCACAGAUCGUUGCGAGCGCAAAGGACGAUGAGCAGUCGAGAGGCCAGGCACAGAUCGUUGCGAGCGCAAAGGACGAUGAGCAGUUGAGAGGCCAGGCACAGAUCUUUGCGAGCGCAAAGGAUUGUCUCGAAGGCUUGAACGAUGAACAACUAGAGGAGCUGCAAGCUUCUUUGAUGAUCGAGAGAGCAGAGUGAGUGAUUCUUUUGUUCUUCUAGAUUUUGUGUGACUUCCAAAGGAGCGAUGGAAUUAAUUGUAUUUAUCAUGGUCUAGUA